GAAGACGGCCUAGGUCCCAAUUGCAAAGAUAUCGCCUUUAAUCUCAGACACGGGUCCAAAAGCCCCUGGAAUGAUAAGGUUAUUGGCUUGCUCCUUGAAGAAUUGCGGAGAAGGGGUGACCAAGAGAACUGGCCAUUUCAAAGGUCAGAGGCGUACUUUAGGGAGAUUCUUCAAGGACGCUACAAGUGCCUACGUACGAUUUGGACAGUUGCACAACCAAAGGUUACAGCAAAGGGUGGAUUAGAAACUCCUGCAGAGGUGGAGCAGAGGCUGAUCGCGAAGAAGGACGAGGUAUUGAAAGCAGCUCGUCAAAAUACGCGUCGGAAAAAUACCGACGAGGACGAGGAAGACGCCCCAGGCUGGCAGUGGCUUCAGCGACUAGUCUGGACAUUGGGAGAAGGCGGCAUGAGUUCCGAAGAGAGCGACGUGGAAAACGAUAUCGAAACAGUUCUUCGUGUGAAGAACAUGACUUGGCGCCGUGCAAUUGAACAGGAAUUGGAUAUAAUCGAUCAUCAAAGGAUUGUGGAUGAUGAUAUUUUU